AUAUGAUUCCGUCUUGCUUGUCCGGUUUCAGUCAUGCUGUAUUUUCCCAUCCCAGUUUUAUCCAGAGUAUUCUGAGUCUUCCAUACACCUGGACUCUUCAGAACAAUAUGCUGGCUGUACUCUUCAUCCUGGGGGCUUUGAUUUUUCCCCUAAACCUUGCAGAAUUACAGAUUAGCUUGCUGAAUCCUGAUGCAGACGGGGUGCUGGCAAGCAAAUUCCCAAACUCUUUUCUACUUCGUCUACCUGACUGUUCCACUUAUGGAAACAAGACAGUUGAUCUGCUGUACCAGGAACUGCCCGGCAGUCAAAACAAUACACAGUCUUUCAAGGUCCCAUCCUGUCUUGUCAGCCAGACUCAGCUGGGUUACCCUCUGAAAGGCCUAAAAAAUGGAACAACAUACAGCAUGUGGUACAGGAUUGAAAAUGUGAUCAGCUCAGCCUUGACUGAUACGACUACAAACGCAACUGAUUAUCGUGAAAUAAAUGAUGGUCUGCCAGCCCGCAGUGGAGCAAUGGUGGUCAUCACAGUCAUUUUGUCUUUGGCUAUGGCUCUCCUCCUCGUUGGCAUCAUUGUUACUGUGUUUUUCUCAAAAUGAGCUGAAUACAAUGCACUUUAGUUUAAAUCACUCCAAUUUCAAAAUAAUCAAAAGUUACAAAUUGUGCCUACAUUUCAAAUAAAUCCUGUACCUUAAAUAGUAUGAAAUCAUGUCUUUGGUUCUUCAGUCUGCACUGGGGUUUUUUUGCAUAUUAGGGAGACCGGGGCUAGUUGUCAUAGGGGUUACAUCUCAGAAACUAUAAGGUUUUAAAUCCAACUGCAUAAAUGCUUGCUUUCUUUUGUAUGUUGAUUUUAAACACCUUAAACCUGUUGUUGUAUAGCUUUUGGGUUGGAAAGUGAACACAAUAAAACCACAAUAAAGCUGAAGUAUGUAA